GGCAACUUUGUUGUUUUUUAAAGUGCCAAACAUAGAAACAAAAAUUGCAAAAAAGGAAAAUUUUUUCCUUUCAGAGAUUUACCCAAAACUUUUCGGCUAACGUACUCUUGUUUGUUAGAACGCGUUGCUUGUUCCUUUAAUAUUCGCUUGUGUUUGAUUAUCGUAAAAUUAAUUGCAAAAAAUGCCUAAAAAGAUGGGUAUAAAUUCUAAGGCAGUUGAAGCGCGUGAACGUAAGGAAGCGACAAAGAAAGCUAAUCAGGAACGUGCGGCUAAAGAGGCAGAAGAUCGUAUGUGGGAAGACGAAGACAAAGGUCUGGCUCGUAAACAGAAGAAGCGUGAAGAAGAGGAACGCAAACGUGCCGAAGCAUCGAAAAGGAAAGCAGAAGCUAAAGCUUUAUUAGAUCAAGAAAUGUCUUCAAUCCGUACACAAGGUAAACAACCCUUGGCGAAAAUAAAUCGUCAACAAAUUUUGGAAGAAAUGGAAAAGAAGCAAAAAGCGCUCGAAGCGAUGACCGUACCAAAAAUCACUUCUCGUGUGGUAGUAACUUCUCCAAUUAUUGAAGAAAAUCUGAACCGAGCAAUGGCCGAUAUAGAAGUGGCAACUAAUGUGGACGAAGCUUUGGCCGUAUUAAACUUAAAGACUGAAGAAGAGGAUAAGCAUCCCGAACGACGUAUGCGCGCGGCCUAUCGAGCCUUCGAAGCCGCAAAUCUGCCUCGUAUUAAAUCUGAAAAUCCGAACCUGCGUUUAUCACAAUGGAAGCAAUUAUUAAUGAAAGAGUGGAAUAAGUCAUCAGAAAAUCCUUUCAAUCAAACGCAAUGAAUUAUGAAAAUAAGAUUCAUUAAUGGCAAUUUUCCUUUUUUUUUUUUUUUGUAGCAAGCAAAUCAUGGCAGUUCUAGUUGUAAACAUAGCCAUAUAAAAAUUUAAAUUAUGUUUAACAUUUUCAAUAAUAAAUAUUUAUUAAA